GUCCUGGAAUGCGAGCCGGAUUUGGUGGUCGCCAGGCAUUUUGUGAAAGAAGGAAGAUCCUGUCUGCUGCAUGGAUAAUGGACUGGAACACAGAAAGACCAUGCAGGGUUCGGCUGUAGAAGGCCAGUAUCUCCAGAGGCCAGAAGACACCAUCAGAUCUCCUGGGACUGGAGUUAUAGAGGUUGUGAGCUGCCAUGUUGAACCAAGCAGGUCACUGAGGGACACAGGCAUGUGGAUGGAAACCCUGCUGGGAGAAAAAAGAAACUGCUGAAGGGACUGACAUGGGACAGCAACAUGGAACCAGGAAUGGUCUCACGCAUAGAGAGCUCCCCCGGGGCGUGGGGCUGCUGCUCGCCAUGGCCCUUAUGAACGUGGCGCUCUACCUCUGCCUUGAUCAGCUUUUCAUCUCCCCUGGACGAUCCACCGCGGACUCUAGGCGCUGUCCUCCGGGCUACUUCAGAAUGGGGCGGAUGAGAAACUGCUCACGCUGGCUGUCCUGUGAAGAGCUGAGGACAGAAGUCAGGCAGCUGAAGCGCGUUGGGGAGGGAGCCGUGAAGAGAGUCUUUCUGUCUGAAUGGAAGGAACACAAAGUCGCUCUCUCCCGGCUCACCAGGCUGGAGAUGAAGGAGGACUUCCUGCAUGGGCUGCAGAUGCUGAAGUCUCUACAGAGUGAGCACGUGGUCACGCUGGUGGGCUACUGUGAGGAAGAUGGCACUAUUCUCACCGAAUAUCACCCCUUAGGUUCCUUGAGCAACCUGGAAGAAACACUAAACCUUUCAAAGUACCAAGACGUGAACACUUGGCAGCACAGGCUGCAGCUGGCCAUGGAGUACGUCAGCAUCAUUAACUAUCUGCAUCACAGCCCCCUGGGCACGAGGGUCAUGUGUGACUCUAACGACCUGCCCAAAACAUUGUCCCAGUACCUGCUAACAAGUAACUUCAGCAUUGUGGCAAACGACCUGGACGCUCUGCCCCUGGUAGACCAUGACUCUGGGGUACUUAUAAAGUGUGGCCACAGAGAGCUCCAUGGGGAUUUUGUGGCUCCAGAGCAGCUGUGGCCCUACGGAGAAGACACGCCCUUCCAAGACGAUCUCAUGCCUUCCUACAAUGAGAAGGUUGACAUCUGGAAGAUUCCAGAUGUCUCCAGUUUCCUCUUGGGGCACGUGGAAGGGAGUGAUAUGGUUAGAUUCCAUUUGUUUGAUAUCCAUAAGGCGUGCAAGAGCCAGAUCCCGGCAGAAAGACCCACUGCUCAGAACGUGCUAGACGCUUACCAGAGGGUUUUCCAUUCACUCCGAGACACUGUGAUGUCGCAGACGAAAGAAAUGCUGUAAAAAUGAGCCAUCGAGUGACGUGCUUGAUGGCUGAAUGGCAUCCCAGCUGUUCCGCUCUUGAUGAUGGAAGAGCUUUGCAUGGAUGGAUGUUGACCCUGGCUGUUCAGCCACGUAGGCCUCCUCUACGUCUGCCUGCAUGUUUGAGUGUUCUGCUCUCCUGGCAGCCCGGAUGGAAGCUGCCAAGCGAGAAAGCCUGGCUUCAGGAUGCUCCCUGGUGAAGAUGCAGAGGAUUCUGGAUCUGCAUAGUUUCAAGGGAGUGAUCAAACGGUGACCUUGAAGACAUGCUGCCUGCCUUGGUAACUUUUUAUAGACUAGUAGGAAACAGAAAUCUUUUGGGGGAGGGGGGGACAACCCACUAGUUCCUCAGAGACAAUUUCUUCUCAUUCAGAAAGCCCUGUUGGAAGCUGGGGAUGUUUUAACUCCGUGGCAGGGCACUUGCCUAGUUGUGUGCAAAGCCUUGGAUCUGACCCAUGGCAUGUGCACACACACAAAUGCUCAAAGAAAAUCCCAGACGCCAGAAGUGUGCCCCUUUCUUGUCAAUAAGGUCAUUGUCAGUACCGGAGAUGAUUUUUUUUAUGAAGCGUUUAUGCUGACUCGUGUCACUGAGCCAAGUGUGCAUGGUCGUUAGCUACUUUGUGGGUUCUUCUUUCUUCUACCCUACUUCUUCCCUUUCCACCCCCUAACACUAGAUAGGAGAGAGGAGAGAGAAAGGAAAGUGGGCACUGUUAUAUUGUUGGACGACUUCUUGCUGAUUAAGGGGUGUCGAGUUCCUUGGAGCAAUGAUCUUUGCUGCCAAGAUAUCUCAUUUCUUCUUGUUUCUUCUUCGCCCACGACCACUUCACAAACACCGACCAACAGCAAACAACAACCCACCCCGCUUCUCGGGGGCCCUAGCACUUAUGUACUUCUGAAAAGUCCCCAGAAAUUCCAAUCAUCACACACUCAGAGAAACUGUCUGCUGCUGGCAAAACUACACCCCUGCUAGAGCAUGAGGCAAAUCAUAGUCAGCUGCUGUGGACAGUCUGAAGCAGCCUGGCAUCCCACACCUGAGAUUAAAACAAAAACAUUCUUACCUGUGUUUUGUUUUUGUUUUAAGAAACCAAAGUGCACCAAGAUAGCAUGCUCUUGAGAUUGUGGCUGUCUAGAGAUUUUUGGAACAGCAAGUUGAAGGAACUUUCUUACCUGCCUUGAAUGGUGCUUUGAACUUCCUGCUGACCUGGAGUUUCUGUGUGAAUAUUUCUAUCCAGUGUCCCCCUGUACCGGAAAGUACAAAGUCUGCUCUGGGCUUGCAUGCCUGAACACUUUAAAACACUGUGGAGCCAGGAAUAAUGGUACCCACCUGUAAUCCCAGCACCUGGGAGACAGGAGGAACCAGGAGUUCAGGGUUAUCCUGGGCUAUAUACCGUGACCCUGUCUACCCCCACACCCCAAUAAAAAAACAAAAAGGUCUCCCUGUGGUGCUGGCAUCCUUAUUUGGGAGACAUGAGAAAUCUGACAUGUAUUAAUGGUCUCUCAUAAGGUGCCUCUUGUCUUCUCCUUGAGUCACAGAUCGGGGCCCACCUCAGAGUCUCUAGCUUCACAGAUCUAGAAUGAAGUUCAUGAAUUUGUAACAGGUUUCCUGUGCUGCUGCUGCUGCUGCUGCUCCUCAUCAUCAUCAUUCCCUCCUCCUCCUUGUCCUCUCCCUCCUCCUCCUUUCCUUCCUCCUUUCUUCUCCUCUUCCUCUCCCUCCUUUUCUCCUCUUCCUCCUCCUCCCUCUCCUCUUCUUUCUCUUCUUCCCUCCUCCUCUUCCUCCUCCUCAUAGAAUCACCAUCUGAGACGAAUUGCCUCUUUGAGGCAAACAGGUACAACAGACAAAAGAAAUAGGUGACGCUGGCAUUGUCUCCGUCUUCUGUACCCCGUGGCUGAUUGGAGGGUGAACUUGCAGGGUAUCUGAGCUGGCCCUUGAAGCACACAUGACCCCGUUCACUCGGGGUUUACAAAAACUCCCCCAAACCCAUCAGCUCAAAGACAUUAGCACGUGUUGACAAGGACAUGGAGUAAUUGGAACCCUUGCUAUGUUGCUCGUGGGAACUUAACAGUGCAAAAGCAUUUUGGGAAAACUGUCGGGCAGUUCCUCACACGCCCCUGCAGUUAGUCCUUCCAAGGAUAAACCCAGGAGGAUCAAAAACUUGUUCACAUUAUCCGUUAACACUGGUGGCACAGUUACUCAGAGUAGACAAAAGGUGAAGAAUAACCCAAAUGUUGGUCAAUAAUAAAGUAUACGUAUAUCC